AAAAAAGAAGAUAGAUGAUGAUGAUAUUACAUAAGCAACCCUCUUAUAUUAUUUCUCCAUACUAUUCUUUUUCCUUCUUAUUACAGAACUCAUAACAAAGUCUCACAUCUUCUCUCCUAUCAUUUUCAGCAACCUCUCGCUUUAAUCUCUCUACUGAUGAAGAUCAGGUGCGACGUUUGCGAUAAAGAAGAAGCCUCGGUGUUCUGCACCGCCGACGAAGCGUCUCUAUGCGACGGCUGCGAUCACCAAGUCCACCACGCUAACAAACUCGCCUCAAAACAUCUCCGUUUCUCUCUCCUCUAUCCCUCUUCCUCCAAGAACUCAUCUCCCAUCUGCGACAUCUGUCAGGAAAAGAAAGCUCUCUUGUUUUGUCAACAAGAUAGGGCUAUUUUAUGCAAAGACUGUGAUUCAUCGAUCCACUCAGCGAACGAACACACCAAGAAACACGAUAGGUUUCUUCUUACGGGGGUUAAGUUAUCUCCAACCUCCUCUGUUUACAAACCAACUUCAGAAUCUUCUUCAAGUAGUCAAGAUUGUUCUGUCCCUGCUCCUAUCAAGAAACCUAUCUCAGCUCCUCAGAGUCAGAUCAAGAACUCCAAGAUCCAACCCUCCAAGAUCAGUAGCGAUGUAGGGAUGAAUCAGUGGGGAUCUACAAGCACGAUUUCAGAGUAUUUGAUCGAUACGUUACCUGGUUGGCACGUUGAGGAUUUUCUUGAUUCCUCACUUCCUCCUUUUGGUUUCUCUAAGAGUGGUGAUGAUGAUGGAGUGUUACCAUAUAUGGAAGCAGAAGAUGACAGCACUAAGAGAAACAACAACAAUACAGUGUCAAUUCCAUCUAAGAAUAUGGGGAUUUGGGUCCCUCAGAUUCCACAAACUCUUCCUUCCUCAUACACAAACCAGUACUUUUCUCAGGACAACAAUAUUCAGUUUGGGAUGUACAACAACAAAGAAACAACACCAGAAGUACAGACUUAUGCUCCAAUACAAAACAUGAAACAACAAGGACAGAACAAGAGAUGGUAUGAUGAUGGUGGCUUCACUGUCCCACAGAUGACCACUACUACUUUUACUCAUCCUCCUCCUCUUGCUUCUAAUAAAAAGUCCAGAUCCUUCUGGUAA